GUUCUCUUUCUCCUUCCCUUUCUCGUUUUCUCUAUAUCCCUUUGACGAGGGCUUGAGCAUGUGCUAUGUACGCUAUCCUGUACUGUGCUAUAUGCUAUGCUACACUGUACUGUGUGUGCUUGCUUAUCUCAUCUUAUCUUAUGAUACCUAUGUUGGCCUGGACGGUUGGUUCUCUCUCAUCUUACUUACUGAUCAUUCCGAAAAAUUAUGUGGCGUGGCGUGAAGGUGUUGAUGAUGUGUUAUCCUUAUUAUUUUUUUGAUUCUUCUUGUCAUGUUUUUCCCCCUCUCUUUUUCUUCCAUAAGGACAUAGGAUAGGUAGGGGUGAGGGUGUGGGAUGGGGUUGGCUUGUAUAUGCAUGAG